AUGAACCAGUAUGACCAGGUCAUCCGUCAGUAUUUUGACAACAAUCAUGCAGUACGUGUCAACCCGGAGAAAGCUGUGAAGGGACCAGUUUACUAUUUGCUGCAUCACGCCAUGAUAAGGCCUGAGAGAGAGAUCACAAAGGUCCGUAUUGUGUUCGAUGCCUCCUCAAGUUCGCCAGGAUUUCUGUCCUUGAAUGAUCUGCUCCACUCCGGACCCAAUCUGAACUCAGACAUUCUGUCGUUGUUGCUGAGGUUCCGCAUACGGCGCGCUGCUUUGGUUGCGGUCAUCGAGAAGGCCUUUCUCCAAAUAUAUCUUCACGGCCCCGACACAGAUGCAUUACAUUUUCUGUGGUACAGCUCAACACCUCUGGUAGGAAAACCCUUGGCCCCGGUUGAGACCUGGCGGAUGACCAGGGUGCCUUCCGGAACGAGAUCAAGUCCCUUUCUUCUCCCGGCGACUUUUCAUCAUCAUUUACAGAAGUCUGAGGAAGAUCACCCGCAAACAGCCGCUCUCCUCUUGCGUAGUUUCUACGUGGACGACCUAGUUAUCAGCGUGGACACAACGGCAGAUAUAGAAAUGCUAUACGAGGAGACUUGCCAGAUUUUCUCUAACGCCGGCAUGAAGGUAUAG